GGCACGAGUCGUUCGUUCCGCUUCCCCCGGCCGUGCGCCCGUGCCGAAGGCGCGCCCGACCGAUCUCCAAAACCCUCCUCCUAAACCACCCGCCACCGGCCAUUCCCCUCCCCCGCCCCGGCCAUGGCGCUCCUCCGCGCCCGCAUCCGCCGCGACCCCCUCGUCCCGCGCCACUUCUCCUCCUCCUCCUCCCCCUCCUCGCCCUCCCCCCCACCCCCAGAAAGCCGGGCUCCGCGGCGGCCAGGAGGAAAUUCGACUGGAAGCCCUCCCUCUCGCCGCAGCGGCCGAGGCCGGCAGGGGUGAAGGCGGCGUUCGGGGGGGACCUGGGGGAGAAAACGGAGUUCCUGCGCCAGUACAGCUAGGACGACCUCGGCAAGCGGCUUGGGGACCUGCGGCCCGCGGGGGCGGGGAAGGACGGGAGGGAGUGGUUCUCGCUGGAGGAGCUGAGCGCGCGCCUCAGGAGGCUGCGGGAGGUGGACAAGGAAGAGAGGGAGAGAGCGCCGAGGGCCGGCAUGGGCAUCGGAACGCUUAUGGAGGCGCUGCAGGUUGGAGCGCUCCAGACCAAGGAUCAGAAGAAGGCUGGCGGCGUGCCGAGUAUGUCAGCUUUGAUGGGCUUUGGCGGGCAGAUGGUGCAGGGCAAGCCACAAGAGGAGCUGAUGGAGAGGUAUUUCCAUCCUGAUCACUUGUCAUCGGCUGAGAAGAUGAAGCUGGAGCUGAAGAGGGUAAGGGACAAGUUCAAAAUGUCAGAGAAUGACUGUGGUUCUGCAAGAGUUCAAGUAGCACAACUCACUACAAAAAUCAAACAUUUGUCAGCUACUCUACAUAAGAUGGACAAGCAUUCUAGAAAGGGACUGCAAGAAAUGGUCCAAAGGAGGAAGAAAUAUCUCAAGUACUUGCGGAGAACCGACUGGGAUUCGUACUGCCUAGUGUUGAAAAGCUUAGGGCUCCGUGAUGUGCCGGAAUACAAGGCCCCAGAUUACAAAAGCAAGAGCAACACCAAGUCCAAAACCAAGAAAAAGAGCAGAAGAAGGAUGAAGGCAUAAUCAUUUCCCCGGCUUUUAACGUCCCAGAAUUGGUAGUUAGGUACAUGCCCAGGCUGUGUAUAUGUCAGCACCUUUUCCAAUCUCAACUUUCUGAUCUUACAUGAAACCCCUUUUUUAGCGACUGCCUUUUGCGCCUACUUAUAACAGCCCCCCUUCUAGCAAUCCUUUGGCUCUUCUCCAAAUUGCUGGGAACCCUGGGAGUGCUUCCCUUUGUUCUGAACAACUACUGUUUACAGUCAGCUUAAAAAAAAAACCCUACUGUUUACAGUUGAGGAACAAAGCGAAUAAUAACAACACUUGAUGCAGCAGAAGAGAUCAUUUCAUUGUUUUGAAUAUUUUGUAAUUCUAAAAUUCCUACGACACCAAGCAAGAAUUAUAGACUAUUGGUUGCUGCUA